AUGGCAUUGCAGCACACUUGGAGUGGGGUGGAGGCUGCAGCCCAUGGGGCUCUGUUCCCUGUGCUUUGCCUGCAGUUUGAAGCCUUCUGUGCAGGAGGCCUGGCCCCGGGCUGGAGCCUGACAGUACAGGGACAUGCAGAUGCUGGAGAGGACAAGUUUGAGAUCAACUUCCUAACUGAUGCGGGAGACAUCGCCUUCCAUGUCAAACCCCGAUUUUCCAGCGCCACAGUGGUGGGCAACGCCUUCCAGGGAGGACGUUGGGGACAGGAGGAGGUGUCCAGUGUUUUCCCGCUGACCCUGGGAGAUCCCUUUGAGAUGGAGGUGAGCGCAGAUGCAGAACACUUCCACAUCUACGCCCAGGAACACAAGGUCCUCCAGUUCCCACAUCGCCACCGACCACUGGCCGCCAUCACCAGAGUGCGGGUACUCAGCGACCAUCCACUGGCCCAGGUGGAGCUGGCCAAACGGAGCCUGAGCUGGGGGGAUGGGGGCUACUGAGCGGACCACAGCCUCCAAGAGCCAGCCUUGGCCACCCCGUGUCCUCUGCCACCUGAAGCCAUGUCCUGUGGCUGCAGGGGAGCUGAGGUUUGGUGUGAAUGUCCCAGCUUUACCUUCAA